AUGGCCUCAAAUUCACGCCAGCUUCAUUUCAUUUUCUUCCCACAACUUGCCCAUGGGCACCUGAUCCCAACAGUGGACACGGCUAGACUCUUUGCUAUGCAUGGAGUAAAGGCGACUAUUGUUACUACUCCCCUUAAUGCUCUUCUCUUUGCCAGCAAAAUUCAAAGAGAAAAGCAAUUGGGCUUUGACAUUAGUACCAUGGUAAUAAAAUUUCCUGCAUCUGAGGUAGGCCUGCCUGAAGGAUGCGAGAACGUGAGUUCCAUCACUUCACAAGAAAUGACACCAAAGUUUCUCAAGGCCGUCACCCUUUUCCAACAACCACUUGAACGGAUCCUCGAAGAGCUCCGCCCCGAUUGCCUUGUGGCUGACUGGAUGUUUCCAUGGGCUACUGAUAUUGCUGGCAAGUUUGGGAUCCCAAGGCUGGUUUUUCAUGGAAAAAGCUCCUUUGCUCUUUGUGUCGCUGAUAGCUUAAUACGCCAUGAACCCUUCAAGAAGGUCUCAUCUGAAUCUGAAGCCUUUGAUGUGCCUGGCCUUCCGGACCAGAUAACGAUGACGAGAUUGCAGCUGCCAGAUUAUAUUAAAGAUACAGCAGAAACUGACCGGAAAAAGCUGAUGGAUGAAGCUAUCAAAUCCGAGUUGACAAGCUAUGGAGUCAUAGUAAAUAGUUUCCACGAGCUAGAAUCAGCUUACACACAACACUAUUCCAAAGUUAUGGGAAGGAAGGCAUGGCAGGUUGGUCCUGUUUCACUCUGCAACAGGAACAACGAAGAUAAAGCCGAAAGAGGAAAUGCAGCCUUCAUUGACAGAGAUGAGUGUUUAAGAUGGUUAGACUCGAAGAAACCCAACUCAGUUCUCUACAUAUGCUUUGGAAGUAUAUUCAGGACUUCAGCUGCUCAGCUAAAUGAGAUAGCUAAGGGCCUUGAAGCUUCAGGACAGGAUUUCAUUUGGGUUGUAAGAAAGGUGAACGAUGAAGACAGAGAAGAAUGGUUGCCAGAAGGAUUUGAAGAGAGGAUGGAAGGGAAAGGUUUGAUAAUUAGGGGAUGGGCAGCCCAGGUUUUGAUUCUUGAUCAUGAAGCUGUAGGAGGGUUCAUGACCCAUUGUGGAUGGAACUCAACAAUAGAGAGUAUAACUGCUGGGGUGCCAAUGGUUACUUGGCCAAUUUGUGCAGAACAGUUCUGCAACGAAAAGCUGAUUGCAGAAGUUCUGAAGAUUGGAGUAGGCGUUGGAGCCAAAGAAUGGUGUAGAUGGGGAGAUGAUCCCAGUACAAAAUUUAAAGUAACCAAGGAAGAUAUAGAAAGGGCAGUGAGUCGGGUAAUGGUUGGUGAAGAAGCUGAGGAAAUGAGAAGCCGAGCUAAGGAAUUGAAAAAUAUGGCGAGGAAGGCUGUGGAAGAAGGUGGAUCAUCUUACUCUGAUUUGAAUGCUUUGCUAGAUGAAUUGAGGUUGAAUUGCCCUUGA